GCCUAGUUUGUCUUAAACAACAGAAUAUCAACAGGAGUCGCAUUUUAAAACUAGAAACUUCUCCAACUUCCACUUUCCUAAAAAGAUAAUACCAACAAGUGACAAGCUUGCCAAAGAAUAUUACUGCAUCUUCAAACUAUCUAUCUCCUCUUAAAAUCAACACGCAUCCGCAAUCAUGGCCGCACAAGGCGGUAUCUCUGACCCCGGUCUCAUAACGUGAGGACCUCCUUAAACUGUAUUUGUUUGCGCCGUAUAGCUAAUAUGAUCUUGCAGACUGGUGAACAAGCUUCAAGAUGUAUUCACGACCGUCGGUGUGCAAAAUCCCAUAGAUCUUCCUCAAAUCGCAGUGGUAGGGAGUCAGUCGAGUGGAAAGAGUUCGGUUCUAGAAAACAUAGUUGGUAGAGACUUGUGAGUCUGCUAUAUACCCGCAUGCUUUGUUUUACAUAUGCUAAUACUAUUAUAAUGCGCAGUUUACCUCGAGGAACCGGUAUUGUUACUAGAAGACCGCUCAUUCUACAACUUAUCAACCGUCCGCCUACCGCGAAGACAAACGGAGUAAAGGAUACGGAGGAACUGGUCACGACAGGUGAUAAAGAAGCUAAUGUUGAUGAAUGGGGCGAAUUCCUUCACAUUCCCGGGCAAAAGUUCUAUGACUUUAAUCAGAUAAGAGAUGAGAUUGUGAAGGAGACAGAGGCGAAGACUGGUCGAAAUGCGGGAAUCUCUCCAGCUCCUAUCAACCUCCGCAUAUACUCUCCAAAUGUUCUUACUCUUACACUUGUCGAUUUACCUGGGUUGACCAAGGUUCCAGUCGGAGAUCAACCAAGGGACAUUGAAAGACAAAUUAAAGAGAUGGUCCUGAAGCAAAUUAGCAAGCCAAAUGCUAUUAUUCUUGCUGUUACGGGUGCUAACACCGAUUUGGCCAACUCUGAUGGAUUGAAGCUUGCGCGAGAGGUCGACCCUGAAGGUCAAAGAACUAUUGGUGUUUUGACCAAGGUCGAUUUGAUGGACGAUGGAACUGAUGUUGUGGAUAUUUUGGCUGGAAGAAUUAUUCCCCUGAGAUUAGGUUACGUCCCAGUGGUCAACAGAGGUCAACGGGAUAUCGACAAUAAGAAGCAGAUUAGUGCGGCACUGGAAAACGAGAAGAACUUCUUCGAGAAUCACCGAGCAUACAAGAAUAAGAGCACGUAUUGCGGAACACCUUAUUUGGCCCGGAAACUGAACCUAAUCUUGAUGAUGCACAUCAAGCAAACCCUCCCAGAUAUUAAGGCUCGUAUCUCGGCCUCAUUACAAAAGUACACCGCGGAGUUGGCAGGUCUCGGAGAUUCGAUGCUUGGAAAUAGUGCGAAUAUUGUUCUCAAUAUUAUUACGGAAUUUACAAAUGAAUGGCGGACGGUCUUGGAGGGUAAUAACCAGGAGCUUUCUAGUGUCGAACUUUCAGGAGGUGCUAGAAUCAGCUUCGUCUUCCACGAACUUUAUUCAAAUGGUGUCAAAGCUGUGGAUCCAUUUGAUCAAGUCAAGGAUAUUGACAUCAGAACUAUUCUGUAUAACUCCUCGGGUUCUUCGCCUGCGUUAUUUGUUGGUACUACUGCUUUCGAACUAAUCGUUAAGCAACAAAUUAAGCGUCUGGAAGAGCCAAGUUUGAAGUGUGCUUCGUUGGUAUACGACGAAUUGGUCAGAAUUCUUAAUCAACUUCUUGCCAAGCCAUUAUUCCGCAGGUAUCCUCAAUUGAAGGAGAAAUUCCAUGCCGUCGUCAUUGCAUUCUUUAAGAAGGCCAUGGACCCUGCCAAUAAGCUCGUAAGAGAUUUAGUGGCUAUGGAAUCAUGCUAUAUCAACACCGGUCACCCUGAUUUCCUCAACGGCCACAGAGUAAGUUUGACAAUCAUUGAUUAAUAAUCACUACUAAUUUAUUUCAUAGGCUAUGGCUAUUGUUAGUGAAAGACAUAACGCAUCUAAGCCCGUUCAGGUCGAUCCUAAGUCUGGAAAGCCGAUCCCAUCAACACCUGCACGUACCGCAAGUCCAACACUGGAUGGAAUGAAUGACCAAAAUGGAGGUUUCUUUGGAAGUUUCUUUGCUUCUAAAAACAAGAAGAAGAUGGCCGCUAUGGAAGCCCCACCGCCGAUUCUCAAGGCUUCUGGAACUUUGUCAGAGAGAGAAGGAACAGAAGUUGAGAUUAUUAGUAGGUCAAAUCUUAGUACAUCUCUAGAUAACACUGCUAACUUCUUUUAGAACUUCUCAUCAAUUCAUAUUACAAUAUUGUAAAGCGAACCAUGAUUGAUAUGGUACCCAAAGCCAUUAUGCUUAAUCUCGUCCAGUAAGAAUCCUUGAUCAUUUUCUGAGUUACCAUAAUUAAUCAAUUAUAGAUACACCAAGGAUGAAAUGCAACGAGAGCUUCUUGAGAAUAUGUACAGAACCGAUACUCUCGAUGAUUUGCUUAAAGAAAGUGACUACACCGUUAGAAGAAGAAAGGAAUGUCAACAAAUGGUUGAAUCACUUUCGAAGGCGAGCGAAAUUGUUGCUCAAGUACAAUAAAGCUACUGUCCGAAGAACAAACGCAGCGACCCUUCCCGGCUCAAGAAAGUCGGAGACGGGGAAGCAAGGGAGGAAACGUUUAUAGAUACUCACCGCAAGUGUUGUGUUGGACCAUUUACCUUAGACUCCUUUUUUUCGAUUUCACAACGACAUACGAUACCUUUUCUUUGGCUUGAAGCAUAAUGAUGUGUGAAAUACACUAACGCGGCGAUGGACAUGAAUGGGAAAGAUGGUACCGACAUUCCACCGAUUGGAGAAAUUUUGGUUUGGAAGCAUGAAGCGAAUGAAUGAAUGGCAAGCUUGAUUGUUGUUGUUUACAUGGAACGAUUGUAACUCUUUUUAAUUUUUCUUUUUUACUUUUUUCCCGCUUGUUGUCUGUCUACUGGCUAGGUAGCUUUUCGAGAUAAAAUACCUCCUAUCUAGAUAGUUUUGCUCCAUUUGCCCCUACCUACCUACCUAUGAAAAGAUAAAUUUUUGUUUCAUUU